AUGUGCGACUGCCUGCCGCCUCCGCCACUUUUUGAUGUUGGCCCUCCGCCGGACGUUUCGCUUAUUUGGCAUUUACUAUCGGAUGAGCCCUAUCAGCGGUUUGACGACUGCGAGUGGGACCCGUUUGUGUCGGUGAUCGACGAAGCGAACCGGAUAUCGAGAACCGACUCAACCCUUGCGGUGCCAAAUGGCGAUCGAAAAAUUCCGCUUUUUCUUGGAGCCCUCGCCGCCCUUUUACUCCUAUGCAUCCUCUGCACGAUUUUUGCGGUCCGGUUGAGAAGGCAAUCCUCUGUCGAACAGAGCCGAAAGAAGAAGACCCCGUCAGCGGAUCACAUUCUCACUGCUCCGGACAGUAUGUGGAGCUACAACUCGAUGAAAACCACCCCAAAUCAUCACGGCUCCGUUGGGAUGCUAAUGUACGGCGAUAUGCGGCAGGGUGGAUCGAUGGUUUUCCACAAGACGUUGACGCCCACAACUCUUAGGUGCUACCGCAACGGGGACGGUCCACUUCGACAAUCCUCCACAACGAUACGGCUAAAUAACGGACUACAAGAAGCGUACCACACUCUCGGACAUUACGAGGAGAUACCCACCCGAAUGGGACAGCUGCAGAGCCCGAUUAUUCCGGUCGACUACGCGAGCGCCUAUCGACAAUCGACACGAAGACCUCCGCCCACGUCGAAACCCCCACCUCCACCACCACAGAGACUACAAGCUGAAUACGUAGAACAACACCGUAAAUUCCACUCCCCUGGAUGUAGCGACAGUUCGUUGGAUAAUGAACUCGUCGUGCUCCACACCGACAGCCCGCAGGUCGGCAAAAGAUGGGACGACGCGACGGAUAUCCGAUCGAGGCUUUCCGGCGAGAAUGGCCGUGAGAGUGGGUACGGUACGACGCCGAGCGGCCCCUGGGCCAGUCCGCCAAACACCUCUGGACGUGUCGACAUUCUUCGACGAGAGCAUCCGGUUGCGGAAAUUCCGGAAGCACAUUCGAUGACGUACGUC